AUGAAACGUCUCACCCUCCUCCUUGUUUUGGUCUCUUUUGUUUUGAAUAUCAAUGCACGAGCAUUUGAUGUCGAUUUAUCCAGUAACAGUGAAUCAGAUGAAGAAUUAUUUACGUAUCAAGUCGUUGCCAAUAAACCUUUAAGCAUCAUUUCAUCUGACGACGAUUCUCAACAUGAAUAUAAACUCGGGCAAGUCAGUGGUCUUGCUGCUUGUGUGAAGAAUCCCAAUCGAUUAAUUGUUUUCCAUCGUGCAUCACAAGAAUGGACUCAUGAAUCUUUCCCGGAUGGUCGUAACUUCGAUAAAAAGAAAUUUGGUGUUAUUCCAGAAAAUACUAUUUUGACUAUCAAUACACGUACUGGUCAAAUUGUUAAGCAAUGGGGAAACAAAACGUUCUACAUGCCUCAUGGUCUUUCAGUUGAUACUGAAGGAAAUCUUUGGUUAACAGAUGUUGCCAUGCACCAAGUAUUUAAAUAUUCGCAAGGUGAACGCGUCUUAACCUUAGGCGAAGAAUUCGUACCUGGUAGUGAUUCAACACAUUUCUGUAAGCCAACAGAUGUUGCAGUUUCAAAUGAUGGUUCAAAUAUCUAUGUUGCCGAUGGAUAUUGCAAUUCUCGUAUUGUUAAACUUGAUGCAAAGGGCAAAUUCGUCAAGGAAUACACCAUGCCUGAAGAAGAAAAACAAUUAGUCAUUCCACACAGCAUCAUUUUGAUUGAAUCGCUCGGACUUGUUUGUGUUGCUGAUCGUGAAAAUGGACGAAUUGUUUGUUUCAAUGAUGGACAGAUGGACGAAGAAGAUGGAGAAGGUCAAGUUAAAGCAAUUAUUGAUCAUCCAUUGAUGAAAACUGUUUAUGCCAUUACAUACGACGCCCAUAAACAUCGACUAUAUGCGGUUAGUGGAAAGGAUGGAAAACGUCGCGCAGUCGGAUUUACAUUCAAUGCCCAUCCGGAAUCAUUUGGUGAUUUGAUCGCAACUUGGGAACCAAAAGAUAGCUUUGGUGAACCACAUGAUUUAACUUUGAAUGUCAAUGGUCAAUCAUUAUUCGUGGGUGAAAUUCGUCCUAAUCGUAUUGACGUCUUCGAUGUUCUCAAUUAA